AGUAUAUCCUUCUCUGUUAUCUGUCUGUUGGAUCAUAUUCCAGUUCUUGAUUUUGCCUGCUUCUGCCCGUUUUAGUCCUUGUCACACAUUUCGUCUCAUACCAUGGCUGCAGUACAGAAAGUUGCUCUCAUCACAGCAGGCACAGCAGGACUGGGCGCUGCCAUUGCCCGAGUCCUGGCACCAGACUUCAGAGUGGUGAUCAAUUACGCAAACAACACAUCUCGCGCCGAGGACGUCCUCAAAGAACUCAACAACAUCCCCAGUACCGUCUCCUCCCAAACAUCCCCCCGCUUCCAUGCCAUAAAAGCAGACAUUAGCAACCGCGAUGCCAUCACCAUCCUCAUCCAGGAAACAAUCACCACAAUGGGCCGCCUCGACGUCGUAAUCUCAAACGCUGGCUACACACGCCUAACCAAUUUCAUGAACUUCGACGAACAGCACUUCGACGAAGACUGGGACAAAUGCUUCUUGUACAAUGUAAAAGCACACAUGUGGUUGGCAUACGCCGCCAGAGAGCAUUUGGACAAGACGGAAGGUGCGUUUAUCACCACGGCUAGUAUUGCCGGUGUCAAGCCUAGUGGAAGUUCGCUGCCGUAUGCGGUCACCAAGGCGGCGAGUAUACAUUUGACAAAGUGUUUGGCGAAUAUUUGUGCUCCGAGGAUUAGGUUUAAUUCUGUCAGUCCUGGGUUGAUGUUGACGGAGUGGGGGUAUAAGUUUUCGGAGCAGAAGAGGGAGGCACAUAAGAAUAACACUAAGCUGAAGAGGCUGCCUGAGGUUGAUGAUGUGGCAGAGCAAGUACGAACGCUUGCUUUGUCAAAGAGCAUGACAGGGCAGAAUAUCAUAAUCGACUGUGGUCUGACAAGCUGAGAGGGACGUUUAUAUCUUGAUUUUCGAAUUUGCAAGUUG